AUGCCGUCUAAUAACAGUAGUUUUUUGGAUAUUGACGAUGAUCUCGAGGGUGUAGAUGAUUUUGGGAACGAGCCCAACCCAUUUGAUGAUGCUACUGUCCCUGACAGUCCAAGCAUGAAUAACUCGACUGCAAUAAAAGGUAGCGAGUUUUACAACACAAUGGGCAGUAAGGGCGAAUCCGCACCAUUGCAAGGUCAAAUGGACCCACCAACCUACGACCAAGUGCUUGGUGAGAACGGUAAUGACGGCAAUGGCCGUAAUGGAUUGAGGCCAGGAUUGAUAAACUACUAUUCUAGGUACUUCCAACUCGAUUUGGCACAGUUCAAGAAAAGAUUAUCCGCGGUGCUGACGUUUAGAAACGAUCAGGACUCUGAAGGUGCCGAAGAUAAUACCGAUUUGUACGGUGCCGUAUGGAUCACUGCCACGGUGGUAAUGAUCAAUUUCACCAUGAGCAAGGGGUUGAAAUUUAUUAUUAGCGACAUAGUUGAGGGCAUCAGAACCGGUGAGGACAUCGACAGGGCCACUCAGUUUAAGAAGCUGCUUCAUUCCAUUUGGCUAUUUUACGGAUAUACGUUCGGCGUGCCAUUCAUUACUCUGCAGGUAUUGAAUAGAGAUGAGCACUCAGAGCGCAAUAGAAGUUUCAAGAGCGUUCCCGAAUUGAUUUCCGUUUAUGGGUAUUCUAAUUUGAUCUGGAUACCUGUUUGUGUUAUUUUGAAUAUAUUGGAUAUGUCCAAGCGUCUAAGGACUGUUCAAGCCGUUCAAUGGGCAAUCGUAGCCCUCGGAUGGGCACAGUCGUCUUAUUUCUUAAAUUCUCAAAUAUCAAAUAAUAAUAACGAGACACAAUCGAACGGGAAGUUUUCGUUGUCCAUUAUCGUUGUCAUUGCCCUGCAUACUUUAUUCUGUAUAUUAUUCAGGUUUAUAAUAUUCUGA